AUGGCCUCCCUUCCCUUGUGGAUAUGGGUGGCAAUGCUACUCUCAAUGCUGCUUCCCAACGUCCAUGCCGGCCACCCGACCUGGGAGACGGCUCGUUUCUCCACCCCCGACUGGAUUUCCAUCCGUCCCUGGGAGGCCGACACCCAUCUCUGGCCCGACGCAAUCCUCCCGUUCUGCUUUGAUUCGGACGCCAAUUUUGAGAAAUACAGACCCCGGAUCGAAAGUGCGUUUGAUCUGUGGUACGCGGCGGGGCUGCCUAACAAACUGCGGUUCCGCUACCCAACUCAGGAGGCUUGCGAGGAAUACCCCUAUGUUACCAUCCUGGUCAGGGACACCCCAUCGAUGAUGACCGCAACCACCGGCGUGUCUGUUCCCACCGUGGGCGACGAUGGGUACAUCCCCGCUGCCGGGCCCCCAACCAUGUACGUUUCCGUCGAGGAACAGGACACCUGGGAGGAUAACAUCAGGAAAAUCGCACAUCUGAUCGGCCAUCUCUUUGGCCUGCAUCACGAGCACCAGACCCCGUCAUUUUGGAACCCCAACACCAGGGAUUCCCGGCAAUUUGACUUCUGGUGUGAAUAUCUGGCGGAUUUCGAAAAGAAGACCAAACAGCUGACCUAUGAGGAGAGAUGGGGCACUGUAGGCAUCUGCCAGGAUCGGACGGCUGCGAUUCUAUCGGGCUUCUCGGCGGCGAACUUCCUGCCCCUUGAGGCGAACACCUAUUUUACCGACGCCCAGUGGUGGAGUACGCCCGAUUGGAAUUCCAUCAUGAUAUACAGUUCCUACGUUGGCGGGGCUCCCGAUAGACAGGUUCUCCAGAAAGCAAAUGGGGGUAUCAUCAAUACCAAUUAUGUGCCCAGUGCGAAGGACGUCGCCGGCUUGAAGUUCCUCUAUACUACAGGCAUCUACGAGAAUCCGUUGUCGCCGUUCUUCAAUAACCCACUAAGCCCGUACUAUGGCACCUUCAGGAUGUACAACGGUUGCAAUGAAUAG